UGGCCAAGUGUAUUUCUCAUAGUAUAAGAAACAAACAGUAGAGUAAUAUGUUCAAUGGUGUAAUUUCAGUCCUUGUUAGUUCGAAUAUCUAAUCGAGAGAGUGCAAAAUGCAAAUGGGAUCCAGAUUCAUGGAACUACCGAAGAAAUCAUGAAUUUCUACAGCAGCACUCAUGUUUCAAAGACAAUUUCUAAUACAUUUUUCUCAACUUCCCAUUUCUCUAAUUCGGAUCUUCGUCUUCGUCGCCGUCUCACCCAUCCAUGGAUUCUCGUCUUCCCGUCUUACUUCUUUUAGCGACUGCAAUUUCGUUCUUAAGCUGCCUUGCACAAAGCAAUUUGAUUAGUGGGCGCAAGGGUUUAAGGGACCAAUUGAUCGAAAGUGUACCUUUGAGCUACUCUAAUCAUUCUGGAAGAAUCGACCCAUCAAGAGUUGUCCAAGUCUCUUGGCGACCAAGGGUUUUCUUGUAUAAAGGAUUUCUCUCAGAUGAGGAGUGUGAUCACCUUAUUUCUUUGGCUACAAGUUCAGAAGAUAAACCUUCUGGGAACAGUACUGACUCUGGGAACACUGUCCCAACCAAAAUUCUAAAGAGUUCAGGAGCCAUUUUAAACACAACAGAUGAUAUCAUUGCAAGGAUCGAGAAUCGAAUUGCUGUGUGGACUUUUCUUCCAAAAGAUUAUAGCAUGCCUUUGCAGAUUUUGCAAUAUGGGGGUGAAGAAGCAGAGCAUAAGUACGUUUUUGGUAACAGAUCUGCAAUGUUGUCCAGUGAGCCUUUGAUGGCCACAGUAGUUCUGUAUCUCUCAGAUUCUGCUAGCGGUGGCGAGAUGCGCUUUCCUGAAUCAAAGGUAAAGAGCAGAUUUUGGUCAGACCGGAGAAAGAAAAACAACAUUCUGAGACCAGUGAAAGGCAAUGCAGUUCUUAUUUUCUCUGUGCAUCUUAAUGCUUCUCCAGACAAGAGUAGCUCCCAUACCCGAUCUCCGAUACUCGAUGGGGAAUUGUGGAUUGCAACAAAAUUCUUCUACUUAAGACCAAUCACUGGGAAUAAACACACAGACGAACCUGAUGGAGACUGUAAUGAUGAAGAUAAAAGCUGCCCCCAAUGGGCUGCCAUUGGCGAAUGCGAACGAAACGCUGUUUUCAUGAUUGGUUCUCCAGAUUACUAUGGAACAUGUAGAAAAAGCUGCAACGCAUGUUGAUGAAUAACCAACCAACCGUUCAAGUAAAAAUUCCUCUCUUCCUAAUUUGAGCAAGUAUUUGUUAAUUUUUUCUGUUGUCACACAAAAUUAGAGUUAAAUGAGUAAUUUGAUUUGUGAUCGGCCUAUUUUAGAAUCUUGGUAACUUUUGGAGGAUUUUGGUUCUUUGAAAAUCCAAAUUUAGAGCUCAAAUACUUCU